CCCGCCCCGCAGCCCGUCGACGUAGUUCGGUGAGCUCUUCCCGUGCAUCGGGAUCGUCUCACGAACAAAACUCGUUUCCCGCAUAUAUUCCCGCUCCACCUCCCGCUCCUGCUCAACAGAAUCCGGGGGUCAUGCCAGUUGAACUAUUGGUUCAACAACCGGGUCGAGAGCAUCUCCCGGUUCUCCAUCCCACCCCACGACGAGGACAUAGCACUUGGUUCACCAAGUCGAGUAAUGGCAUUAGCAGGAGCAUCAACCAGAUGAUGUAUUCCAUGCUCCAAAUUGGAUAUACGAAGUGGAGUGAGAUCCCUCAAGAAGACCAAGAGUUGUGGUUUCGUCAAUUUGCGCAAGAGUUCAACUGGCACCCCGAUCACACGGAAACAGUCCGUAUUAGAUUCAAAGCUAAGGCCAUGGACUCUUAUACAAAGCAGGUGAAUGCGUGGAAGAAAGUUUGGCAGAAGAACAAGAGGCCACGGAACAUCAACGGGAGGGUGUUCGAGCAGUUGGUAGCUCAUUGGCAGAAGGACGAAACUGCAGAGACGUCUUCUAGGAACUCUAAGAACCGGAAGAGCGAUCGUGGCGGGAAAGGUAUGUAUGUGCACAACCUCGGGGCUUGCUCUAUGUCUACUAAGGAAGAUGAACUUGUAAGUUUUUUUUAUUAUUUAUCUUUAUGUUUAUUUAUAUAAAUAUUUUAUAUAUUCCUUGGCUAAU